AUGGAACUUUUCAGUCACGUUAUCAUAGAACGGGAUUUUCCAGACGAGAGCAUCAGCAAUACGUCCCAGAUGCUUUCGCCCAUCAACCUCAAGACUAUUAUCAGAGUCCUUCUUCAUCAGCCGAAUCUACAAGCCGUUUUGAUCCAAGUCUUUAUCACCAAGAUCAUUCCCCGCUUUGGUCGCAAAACUCCCCAAGCAACUCUUCCUCCACCUCUCCCAGCUCUCAGACCUAGUGUGAGAGUUCAGCGCGUAGUUAUGGUCUCGACCAGGGAUCAGAGGAUCUACAAGCGGGAUUGGUGUUGGACAGUAGCAGUUCGGAAGGGGAUUCUCUUGAAUUUCGAAACAAACAUGCAAACAAGGGGGAAACCACAUGCUGUGGGAAGUCAUGGAAAGAGGGCACGCACUACAACAAACACUACAAUCGCGUACACAACCUCAGAUACAAAUGCGAAAGCUGCGCCUUUGCAGGAGCGGACAAGAAGGAACUCCAUCGCCACUAUUGGGUAUCCCACAGAGACUGGGCGGAAGCAAACAAUAUUCCUGACAUAA